CAACUUCUCCUAUAUAAACCCUCUCUCGUUUUCCUCAUCUCUCCACUUGCAUUUCGUAAGCCCUCUUAGUUUAUAUAUAUCGAGAGAGAUCAUAGUAUAGUAGUAAAUCCCCCCGGCCUCGUCGUCACAGGGGCGGGGAAGGCUAGCUAGCUAUAUAUAUAUAUAUACGUACGUUUACGAAUCCCGUAUAUAGCUAGCGAGCAAAUAAUAGAGUGUGUCGUUGUUGUGAAGAAGGGAAACGAUUGAUAGAUAGAUCAAACAAUGGCGCAGGGUUUAAUGGGUUUCUUGCCGCUGUUGGUUAUGGUUCUUGUCCAAGUCGGCUACGCCGGAAUGAACGUGCUGGCCAAGGUGGCGAUGAACGCCGGAAUGGAGCCUCUCGUCCUCGUUGCUUACCGUCAGAUCUUCGCCACCGUCUCCCUCGCUCCCUUGGCCUUCUACAUGGAGAGGAAGACCUUACCAAAGAUCACCAUCCCGCUGCUGGUCAACAUCUUCUGGUGCUCCCUCACUGGAGUGACAGGAAACCAGGUCCUCUACUUCGUGGGGCUGCAACUAUCGACCCCAACAAUCGGCUGCGCACUAUCCAACAUCCUGCCCGCGCUUACCUUCAUCCUCGCCGUCCUCUUCAGGCAGGAGAAGGUGGGGAUCAAGAGGAUUUCGGGACAGGCGAAAGUGCUGGGCACGGUGGCAUGCGUGGGAGGCGCGAUGCUGCUGUCGUUCUACCACGGCCACAUCAUCAAGAUCCCCGAAUCCGGCAUCCACGUCAUCCACAACGACGACGGGACCACCAACAGCAGCGGGAGCGGGACCAGCGCCGCGACGUCGUUCCUGGGCCCACUGCUGAUCAUCGGGAGCGCGCUCUCGUGGGCUUUGUGGUUCGUCCUCCAGGCCCGGGUCAGCGCGAGCUUCCCGGCCCCCUACACCUGCAGCUGGCUCAUGUGCUUGAUGGGCUCGGUCCAGUGCAUCCUCAUCGCCGCGGGGCCCAACCACAAGGUGUCGCAGUGGUCCCUCAGCGACCCCGGCCGCCUCGCCGCCGCGCUCUACGCGGGGAUAGUGUGCUCGGCGCUGGGGUUCUCGCUGACGGCUUGGAGCAUACAGAAGAGAGGCGCGCUGUAUGUGUCCGUUUUCACUCCGCUGCUGCUUGUGGUGGUGGCGGUGCUCAGUUGGGCCUUCCUCGGCGAGAAACUGUUCAUGGGAACGCUGAUAGGGUCGAUGUUCAUAAUCGGGGGAUUGUACGCGGUGCUGUGGGGGAAGGACAUGGAGGAGAAGCUGGUGGCGGUGGCUCCACUGGCAGAGUUAGAGUCGAAGCACGAAGAUGAUGGUGAUGAUCAGUUGACGAUGUUCAAGCAGGAACAGGACGUGGAGCUUCAGUUGCCAACGGCGGCGGCCCCUGCUGGCCGUGCAGCAGGGGACGUUGCCUGAGAAAUGUUAUAAUUAGUUGACUUGGUAUUAGUUUGUUUGUUUGUCAAGUUAAGUUAAGUGCGUACUGCUAGCUAGAGCUGGUUAAGUGGAUUGUAUGCUCUGGCUAAGUUUUAAUUUGUUGUUGUAUCGGGUUCGCUGAUCAUUUUCCUUUUCCUUUCUUUGUUCCUUUAAUUAACAACUACCCUGCGCUGUGUUUUUUGUUCAAUGAAAAAUGUGGAGUUUUAACCAGUUGCUUUUAGUUUUAGGCGAAUGUUGUAUCCUAUCGUUUUAGCCUUUUAGGCAUAGAAACAAAGGG